ACGUGAUGAAGUUCGCCGAGCUUAUCUACAAAUGGGGCGUAUUAGAAUAAAACUUGCUAAGUAUCCAGGUACUCCAAUGGGAAUCCAAGACCGUCGAUUUUCUGCGAAGUGGUUUGAUGAAUUUCAUUGGUUAGAAUAUUCUAAAGCUAAAGAUGUUGUGUUCUGUUUCUAUUGCUAUUUAUUUGAGAAAAAUCCACCAAGAAGACCAGAGUACACUUUUGAAGGAUUUAGAAAUUGGCAUAACGUUAAAAAUGGAUCUAAAUGUGCAUUUUUGGCACACAUGGGAAGUAGCAAUUCUGUACACUUCACAUCUGUAGAAGCAGGUGAGAAUUUAAAGAAUCCACGGCAACAUAUUUCCACUAUUAUACGUACGCAGUCGAUAGAGAUUAUACGGAGAAACAGGUUAAGAUUCACAAUAUCGGUUCAAUGUGCCAUGUGGUUAGCUUUUCAGCAAUGUCCUUUUAGAGGACACGAUGAGUCGAAAAAUUCAAAGAACCGUGGUAAUUUUCUUGAGAUGGUUAGAUUUUCCGCCACACUCAAUGACAAGGUGAAAGAGGUUGUCCUAGAAAAUGCUCCCAAAAAUUCUACUUAUACGUCGCCUGCUAUUCAAAAAGAGAUUUUGAAUAUUGUUUCUAACGAAAUCAGAGACAAGAUUCGUGAAGAAAUUGGAGAUAGGAAAUAUUGCAUACUUGUGGAUGAAUCUAAAGAUGCUUCAGAUAAAGAGCAGAUGGUGCUAGUUUUGAGGAUCUUUCCAAGAUGCUCAAGAAGAUGAUAUUAACCAAAGGUUGGCUAAUGGUGAUCUUGAGACAGGUAGAGGGGCUAAUCAAAUAGGUUGCUUUAAAGGAAUGGGCGUUUCGACAACCAUGAUGGAAGCAAGGGUGACAACAUUUUCUGCGAUAAAAUGGGUGCCAUUGCUGAGGCAGGCGGAAUAAAAGCUUUAGAGGAUCUUAUUUUCAGAUGGUCCUUCGGUGGUGAUGGAGUCCUUGUAUGUGUUAUGCAUGAAUUUUCGUUGAUAUAUUAUAGGAAGUACUACAGGAAUACAAGGUUAACUCUGAAUUGGUGAUUCUUGUAGUUGCAGGAAAUCCUACACUA